CCUUGUAGACGUCAUGGAUAGAUGUCAUUAUUAUUUUUCCUUUUGAAGAAUGACACCGCUGAAUCAUUAUGUACCGUGUACGAAUGGCCUGUGUAUGUUAGUUUAAUUUGACAUGAUGACAUUCUAAAGGAUUUUAUGAUUUUGUUCGUAUUGGUGGCGUUUAAAGAAUCUGGUCACAAUGAGUGGGACAACUGAAGGCCUCUCAGAUGUGAACAAUGAUGGAAACGAUAACAGUAGACUUAUUGCCAUCCUUUGCGCAUGUGCAGUGAUCUUUUCACUCAUAUUGAUUACUGCUAUCGCUGCGCUUAGCUACUACGUAUGCAAAAAGAAGCGAGAAUUGGAAAGUAUGGAAUCGAAGCUUGGUGACUUAGAUGAUGUUGAUCGUAUUAUGUGGGCGGAAAUGGGGCGAAAAGAUGACGUAGUAACAGAAAACCCUGCCUUUGGCAAGGAGGAUCCCGCUGACUUUGAACCCCUAGAUGUGACAGGAAUAGAAAAGGAAUUUGAUGACGAAUAUGAAGAGGAAAGUGAAUCAGAAGAGAAAGAAAAACAGAAUGGCGAAGACGGUGAAGACAAAAAGCCAAAAUCAAGUCGUUUAUCAAUCCUUGACGCAAAUACAUGGUCUGGGAUGCCAAAUAAAAAGAAAAAAGCACCACGAAAACAAAUUCCAAGAACUGUUUCAAGAUUAGAAAAUGACCCACAGAUAAGAAAUGAGAUUGCAAGCAAGUUUGAAAAUCCCACCACGUUAAAUUUUGACUACACGUUAUUUAACCUGAACUCGGGACCCAAUCAGCGUACUGUUAAUAACUACGAAGUUGGUAAAGGAGUUGUGGAUGAUAUAGAAGAAGGUGUGCCUCCCCCACAUAUACCAAGCGCGGGAAACAGGUUAUUAUGGCAAAAGAAACGAUUCAAAGACGUGUAAAAAUGCUCAUAGAAACUCCGACCUGUCCUGUUAUAGUCCUAUUUUUAUAAGACUUAAAAUCAGAAUUGUCUUCUAAUUAUAAUAUGUGGUGGUGCAGUCCAAGACAAUUGUUUUGGAAAUUAAAAAUGCAAACUUUUACUUCAUGUGAAGAUGAGAAAUGAGCCUAUACUGAGAAAAACAAGUUUUUAACUGUAGGCGUAACGUACAUCCACCAACAAGUUAUAACGCGACUCAGCUAGCCGGCAACGCGAUUUAAAAAGGAAACGCGUUUAUGUGGAUUAUUUGAUAAUUAAUCGGUACCGGUAUUUGAUAAGUUUAUACGGUCGUAAUAUUAGCUAAAGGAAAUGCCAAUCAAUUUAUUACGUAUUUUAUCAGGAAUUCAUUUUGUUUAUUUAACAGACAAUAGCAUGUAGGCUUAUGGUAGCUGAAAUGUUUUUGAGUUUCCGCAUUGAGUUUCCGCAUUUCAAAUGAUUAUAUCGAUUUAAUUCUGCAACUUUUUGGCAGCUUCAUUUUGAUAGAAUUUCUUUGAUGCCAUAAAAAAAAAAAUUAUUAUACAUAAAUAUAUUUUGAUAUACAUAGUUACCAACCUGAGAGAUUUGAAGUGCGUGACUACAUCAGUUAGCGGGGGUCGAUACAGGGCCCCGUUGAGGUCUAGGGGCAGAUCCUAGACCUUUUAAGUUGUUUUAAAACGAUUUCAGGGAGUGUUUGUUGACAAUACUUGGUACAUAAACAAAAAUAUUGUUAAUAAAGCCACGUACUAUUUCAGUUCCGAAGUACAGUAGGCCUAUGUUUAAUUCGAGCUCCCAAACUAUGUACACAUUCAUUACUCAAACAAAAAAAAAAUGAAUAGGCAUAGUGAUCAAUUUUAAGUAACGCGUCAGUGAAUUAAGUACGGUAUUCACGUAAAUACUGCACUCUUCAAUUAACUGUACUCGAGUUAUUGCGGCCAAGUGACAGUUUUAUAUUUCAAUAAAACCAAUUUCUUCGAAUUUUAAAUACCGGUACAUUUUCAUCUGAAUUGAAGAUAAUUAAUUAUCACGCAUAUGCUAAAUGCGUGAAAAAUUUAUGAUCACGAAUGUGUUUCUGCAAAAUGCGUGUUUCUUCCAAAAUCAUUAUCAAAUGCCGGACCGUCCCCCACGAUGCGAGACGGUUGGUAACUAUGCAUGGAUCUCUCCCAAUAAACACAGAACGUUAUAACAUUCGCUAUUCAAGAGUUAUAGUAGUAGCAUGGAAGUUAGGUUAAUGUCAGAAAAUUACAUUCACACAACGUUCCAGCAACGUUGUGUUAUAAAUACGUACUUGACACAGGUACAAUGUGACCAUGCUGUGUGACGAACACUUCUACCAUGCAGUUUUUGUCUUCAAUCAUUUUAAGACUAAAUGUCUGGUUUCUAAAGAACCGCUACAUGUUGUCAACAGUUUUUGAGACGCUGAUUGGUCGGCUACGCAGUGUAACGUUGGUGACAGCAUGGUAGCCGCAGUGUAGCGAUUUUAUGGAAGCAGGCAUAUCACAUGGGUCAUGAUGUUAAUCUUUUCAAACGAUGAUAAAGUUCAACAAUGAGGGCUCACUAGAAUGAUGUCAUGAGACUCCAUUUUAAAUCUGAUAUGUAUUUUGUUUUAUUGACCUACAAUAAGACACAAUAUUUCUGGCGACAAUAAUGAUUGAAGAAUUUUAAUAUUUUUAAAGAUUUUUAUGAAUGAAUAAUCUAAUACAAUCAUAAAAUAUGUAAAUAAUAUUCACGCUGGUUACAUAAAAAGCAUAUUUUUAUAUCUUUUAUAAAACUAUUGAUAUAAUUUUCUAUUAUAAGAUUUCUGUUAUUUGCUUUUCUCUGGGUAAAAUCACUUUACAUUGAAAUGGUAGCUAUUUAUUGAAUAUCUCAACAAAACGUUCUAUCUGUGUUUAUAAAUAUUGAAUAAAGUAUGAUAUAGAAACUACCACCAA